AUGUUCUCGGCCGGGCUCCUGGGCAACCUGCUGGCCCUCGGGCUGCUGCUGCGCUGCCGCCGCGGGCCCCGCGCUCGCCCGCCCUCCCUCUUCCACGUCCUGGUGCUGGCACUGGUGGUCACCGACCUGCUGGGCACCUGCUCCGUCAGCCCCUUCGUCCUGGCCUCCUACCACCGCAACCUCACCCUCACCGCCCUGGCCCAGGGAGGACACAUCUGCCUCUACUUCGGCUUCCCGCUGGUGGGCUUCGGGCGGUACGUGCAGUAUUGCCCCGGCACCUGGUGCUUCAUCCAGAUGCACCUGGAAUACCUCCAGCAUAACGGCGGCCGGGAGGUAUCCGAGUUGCACGUCACCUUCUCGCUUCUCUACGCCACCCUGCUCCUCUUCCUCAUCCUCGCCGUGCUGCUCUGCAACCUCAGCGUCAUCGCCAACCUGGCCCGCAUG